GUGGUACAUAUAGUACAUGCACUUGUUAUCAGCUCUGUAUACAGUUUUAAUAUAAUCCAUUUGGAGAAGAUUAUGGGUGCCUACCAAAAAAGUCGUACCCUCAGUAGCAGAAGCCUACAGUCUCUAGAUAAAUCUGAAAAGGGCCAGGAAAAUACGAUAUUACGAGAAAAACCAGGACGGCGGCUUCAACUGAAAAAGAAGUCGAGACAACACAGAUGUCGAAGACGCUUGUCCCAGCUACUGCAUACGCAUGUUGUCCUGAUAACCGUCUGUAUCCUCAGCGCUCUUGAUGCCUCGUGUGUUCUCGGACAGAUUAUUUGCGAUAUACUCAUUAUGUCAGACACACAGCAUGAGAACGACAUCCUCCAGGAGAAGGCGGCGGAUCAGUUUAAGCUUCUGUGUCCCGCUCUAGACCACCACUCAGACGAUGGUCAUUCACUGCAUCUAGACGAUAUUAUAGAAAUACUGGAAGUGAACAACACAGUAUGCAGCGAUACUGGCCAUAUCGGCGACUCGCAUUCCCAUCAUCAGCGCAUACUUGUCAGAGGUGACAGUCCCCAGGAACACGUGGUAGAUAGUGUAGUUAUAAAUUCCCUUAUAAGGCCACGGCUACCCAUAAAACAACAUAAUGUCGAUCAGUCGAUGCAAAGACGGAAACGUUCAGCGAAUCAGCAUCAUCGAUCUAAACGAGCCGCCGGAGGUGAUAGUCAUGACCAUGGUCAUUCUGUUACGCAUGAGGUGACGCAUUACUUCCAUAUUGGGAGCAUGGCCAUAUUGUCCAUCUUGUUGUUCGAGGCAUUUCUCAAAGUAGUUGGAAUGGGUCGCCACUUCCUAAAACACAGACUAGAGGUAUUCGACGCUUUUGUCGUAACCGUUUCUUGGUGUCUCGAUGUCGCCUUUUGGGAAGGUAUUUGGGCCCAUCCGGGUACCGAAGCUGCCACUAUUCUCAUCAUCAUCUUACCUUGGAGAAUCAUCAGGAUCGUCAACAGCUUCGUUUUGGUGAUCAAAGAAAAGGAUCUGGUGGAGUUGAAAGUUGUCAAGCAGCAGUAUAGAUCCGCUAUAAAGGUUGCCAGGGCACUGAAGCGGAAAAGGGAUAUGUAUCGGGUGGAAUCUAGACAGCUACAAGGUCUUUGUAGGAAACAUAAAGUCGACGAGUCCGAGAUUAUUGCCUGUGCGCCUAUAGUGAAGCAGCGUCGCCGCAGUAGCUUGUUUCCAGUGUUAUCAAGCUUUGCCUCUUUAGCAAUGAUCGGUGCUGUAGGAAACAGCGUCCCUGACCUUCAUGAACCUUCGUCAUCAGAGGAGGACGACGACAAUAAAAAUAUUGGAAGAACCAGUAGCAUUUCAGAGCUGUUAAGGUCUAUAUCAACUGAUAGUGAUCUUUCGGGACAAGUGACCUUCAGCCUAUCCCCUGACCCCAUGGAUAGUCCAAAUGGAACAAACGUGUUUACAUUUGACGGUACAAGAAAUGGUUAUAAACCUCCUCGAUUCGACGAGGUGAAUACAUCAGAACUUGCAGAGGGUCUCCACACACGUCUAUGAUAGAGGACAUCAUUUGGAGUUAAGGGAGGCAUGGAAGUGUUGUGACCUCCUCGUUUAACCGUACUUACCUCAAAUCGUCGAGUGUAAAAGUGCGUUGAAUUGCAGUGACAUGUUUAUGCAUUCCAUAAUUUGUGCGUUUAAAAUGUGUCAAUUAUGAAAAAUUUCAUUCUGAGAUGAGAUGCACUUUUGCCUAAGAGUUUUAAAAAGAGGUCGGGACUUCCUGACUUCGAUAAGCAAUGACAUUAUUCAUUAUAUCUUACAAGAUUCGAUCAAGGAUGUUUUCAAAGAAGUUUAAAAAAUGGGAAAAAUACGCGUUGAGACAUUUACAUUCCCACAAUAAUGAAUAAUUAAUAAAUGAAAAAAGUAAUUAUUAAAAAAAGGAGAACAGUAACAAAGAUAUACCUUUUUUUGUUCAUAUCAAUAUUCUUAUAAGGGGGAAAUAAUGCGUUUUUAAACUGAAUUUUAUAUCAAUGUGUUUAUAUAGUAUGUACGCAUAUUGUUCCGUGAAUUACAUGGGAACACUAAGUUUAUGUAUAUAUAUUGUCGCGUAAAUUUGUUAGAUCUUCACCAUUCCGAUCCUACAGCUUAACUUUCCAAGUAAAGCAAUAACAGAUAUUUUAAGACAU